CGGGGGGCGGGCUGUCCCCGGGCUGUGGGGGCGCCGGCGCCAUCUUGGGGCCGGGAGGAGCGCGGGGCGUCGGGCCGGGUGGGCGGGUGUCCGUCUGCCGUCUGUUCUUUAAUGUAUCGAAAAUUAAAGCGUUUGAUACUGCCAAUCUUGUGGCGGGGGGUAGAAAUGUGAUUAUUCUGGGGACGGGAAUGCUGUGUUUACGUGACUUGGAGCUCUCAUCUGACCCAAGAUCCUCCAGAAGAUUUUGAUGUCCAGCAUCUGCUUUGUACUUCUGUAAAACCUUUUAAAUGUUUACACAGUCGUGCCUACAUCUGUGGCUGAAGUUCAGCCCAUGAGAACUGCCCAGCUCCCCAGACAGGAAUGAGACACCUCGCAGCAACAUUGCUGGGAAAGAGGGCGGCUCAGCACUCCUGAUGUGCUGGCAAAUCUCUCAAUAAAAUUGUGGCAGAAGCUCACAAGCGAUGCUGAGCUGACAUCCCAGCAGCCUGCCUGCAGCUCUCCUCCAGCAGCAGUGUGAGCUUCCUGGGCUCUGCAGUCUGGACCUGACUGAAUACCUGUACCCAGAGGCAGUCCUCUUCUAUCCUGAAGGAAGAAAUCCCGGUGAAGGAAGACCAUGCCUUUGUUUAGUAAAUCGCACAAAAAUCCUGCUGAGAUUGUGAAAGUUCUGAAAGAAAACAUGGCCAUAUUGGAGAAACAAGAAAAAAAGACAGACAAGGCAUCGGAGGAAGUGUCAAAAUCUCUGCAAGCAAUGAAAGAAAUUCUGUGUGGGACCACAGACAAAGAGCCACCCACAGAAAUCGUGGCCCAGCUGGCACAAGAGCUCUACAACAGUGGCCUUCUAGUGACGCUUAUUGCCAACCUGCAGCUGAUAGAUUUUGAGGGCAAAAAGGAUGUUUCCCAGAUAUUCAACAACAUCUUGAGAAGACAAAUUGGCACGCGCAGCCCUACUGUGGAAUACAUUAGUGCCCAUCCACAUAUCCUGUUCAUGCUUCUAAAAGGAUAUGAAUCCCCAAAUAUUGCCUUACGUUGUGGAAUCAUGCUAAGAGAGUGUAUCCGCCAUGAACCCUUGGCCAAAAUCAUACUAUUUUCAGAACAGUUCAGAGACUUUUUUAAAUAUGUGGAAAUGUCAACAUUUGAUAUUGCUUCUGAUGCCUUUGCUACAUUCAAGGACCUGCUAACGCGACACAAAUUGUUGGUGGCAGAAUUUCUGGAACAAAAUUAUGAUGUAAUCUUUGAGGACUAUGAAAAACUCCUUCAUUCUGAGAAUUAUGUAACAAAGAGACAAUCUUUGAAGCUUCUGGGUGAACUGAUUCUGGACCGACACAACUUCGCCAUCAUGACGAAAUACAUCAGCAAACCAGAAAACCUGAAGCUGAUGAUGAACUUGCUGCGAGAUAAAAGCCCCAACAUUCAGUUUGAAGCAUUCCAUGUGUUCAAGGUUUUUGUGGCCAGUCCAAACAAAACACAGCCUAUUGUGGAGAUCCUGUUGAAAAACCAACCCAAGCUAAUUGAGUUUCUGAGCAAUUUCCAGAAAGAAAGGACGGACGACGAACAAUUCACUGAUGAGAAGAACUACCUGAUUAAGCAAAUCCGAGACUUGAAAAAGCCAACGGCAUGAAGAACACCUCUUGUUUUCCACUGUAGGCAUUAAUCUCAGUUGUUGAAUUCCUCUGUGUCCCUUAAACACCACAAUAGUGCUUGAGAAGGCACAGCAAGUGCCUGGUUUUUAUUUUGUCUUUGUUCCUAGAUGUCAAGAGUAUAGGGGUUUUACAUGAGAACUAAAAAACCAAAAAUCUAGAAUAAUAUAUUAUUUUUAAUCAAGAUUAUAAUUAUUUAUGUCAGUUUAGAAUCUCUGUAAUAGAAGCUGGUUUGACAGAUUUUUUUUGUGCUCAAGAAGAAUGAACCUCUUUGCUUAACUUUAUCAGCAAACUCAAGCACUGGCAAGUGCACAGAGCAGGUCUUCUGAGGACUGUGACAUUGUUCCUUCACACCUGUAGUUGUGACUUUGUUCUAGUGCUGCACACACACAAGACUGUGAAAGAGUACAUUGGUCUCUGGAGUUAGCUGCACUUAUAGGUCAGGUUCUUCAGUCAAAACUAUGGAAGACGAAAAAGCAGUAAAGGUCACGUUUUUGCUUCAUUUUGUAUUCUUUCAUCUUUUUUUUCCCGCCUAGAUCAGACGUUUUCUAUUCAGUGCUGGGAAACGGAUGGAUAUAUCAGCCAUCUGAGCUGUUUCUGCCUAAGUCCCAUUUCCCUGUGUGUGCUCUAUGUUGUGCUAGAGCACAGGCUUUUCCUACCAGCUCCCAGCAGUGUCAUGAGGAGCAGCCCCAUGGACACAGUGCUUACAUGCCCCGUAAUGGGAAGAGGCAAGGGCAAUGCCCCUCCAUCAAAGGCCAUGCUGUAUUGCUGAUAAAGUGAUCUGACACCUACAGAAACCAUCCAUGGUCAAGAAUAUUGGGUGCUUGCCAGAGCUACUUGGCUGAAUUGUGACAAGGGAUGAGCCCCAGCACCAGAGUGAGAGGAGGGUCCUUAGUGUCUUUCCAUAUGAAUUCCAAUCCUGGCUAUGCAAGGCGGGGUUGAGCUAAGUUCAGCAAGGAAAUCAUGAAAAGGCCUCAGCCAGAUCUGCUGUGUGGGCUGAGGUCCCUGAGGCUGCAGGUGCUGCCACAGCUGACAGCAUUUACUGGAUACUGAGCUCAGGAAGCCACUGAGCAGCAGCAGGCACCAAAGGCCACCUGUAGUUUGGCAUUUUCUGCCCUUGUUCAUCCUGACCUGAAUUCAGGUUCUGUGUUUAAGUUGUGGAAGAGGAGGUUGUUGCACCUUUAGUGUUUUGAGUUUAAUAAGCUCUAUGGUACAGACAGUGUUUCCCUGGUGUGUUUGAAGAGUUUUUGGGGUCUUUUGUUUUCUAACAGGAAAAUGUUAUUCUGAUGCUUUAGUAGGAAGUGUAGUUUGAGAGCAGGGAGUGGAAAUUUCUUGAAUUUUUCUGGACAGCCUAAGUUCUGAGUUUUCCUAUUUGCUGUAAGAAAGUUCUCUAGCUAAAAGUCUAUCUAAUGCUUCAGGUAACAGGUGACACUGAAUUGUAAAAACAGAACAAGCCCUUUUCUUUCAUUAAACUGUUGUAUAUUGAGAUGACUGAUACUUUAACUUAUGUGCUUUAGAAAAGGGAAGAAACAGAACCGAUUGUGGUCUCGUUUUUUUUUUUCAGAUGCCAGAUACACACAACAAAUGUACAUCUUAGUAGCCUGAAAUUUAAAAAAAAUUAUUUACAAGUUAUUAAAGGCAUGAUUACUGAUCACUCUUUA